CCACCGAUAAAUUUGGCGCUGUAUUUUGUAUCACAAUAAGCAAAGGAAUUGACAUUGACAGCUCUUAGAAUGACACAUUUUACACAUCAUCGUUAAACAAAAUACAAAAAUUGAGGAAAAAAUAUAAUACCAAAAAUACUUUCUUGACUGGAAAGUGGUGAAUAUAAACAAGUAAAACUCGAAAUCAAAUGCGUCGUGCACAAGGUUAUAGUUAUCAGCCGUUAUCCCAAGCACCGAAUCGGCCAAAAGAUGAUCAUGUCGAAAAUGAAAAUCAACGUCUAACCGAGGAACUUCAAGCAAAAAUCGGUGUACUGAACUCAUUAGCAAUCGAUAUUGGGCAUGAAGUACGCUAUCAAGAUAAGUUACUGCGGGGCAUUGAUGAUGAUAUGGACCGAACUGGUGGCUUCCUUUCAAACACAAUGAAUCGUGUCACCCGGCUUGGCAGAAAUGGACACCAAAAAUUUAUGCUUUACAUCUUUUUGUUUGCAUUGUUUGUGUUUCUGCUAUUGUAUUUUGUAAUUAAAUUAAGAUAACGUAUUAUUUAGUAAAUAUUAGUUUAUAAUUUUGUUAUUAUUGAACUGAUACUAAUAAUUCUUGCUUUCCGGGCAUUCCGUGUUUGAAAAAAAUAUAUACUAGAUUUAAUAUAUCUGAACAGUUGAUUUGGUCUUGAACAGCUGUUUAUGUUCAUUUAAUAUUACUUUCGCCAAAUAUAUCAUUAUUACUUUUUCAUGAGAUC